UUGUCCAAAACCUUCACCCGCUUGAAUCUACAAUAGAGACAGAAACAAGCCGCCCUCGCUCUCUCCCUUUUCCUUCCUUAAAACUCCAAAAAUUCACACCUCAGAAUCUCGGAAUUCCUUAACUUUCAAGCAUUUUCUUCCUUUCUCGGAAAAUUUCCAAAUGGGUUAUUCAUGAAAAUCCUUUAAAUCAAAUGGGUCUGCGUUAAAGCCUCACCAGCAUGGAGUGGCUUAGCCUGUGAUAGACUCUGCUGGUUUUUAUUGCUUUCGGAUAUGGUUGUCAAAACUGGCUCUUCGUUUUCUUGUUUGGUUGCUUCUGUUUCUUCUCCUUUUCAAUCGAGGAGAAGUUCCCGGUUGAGCUUAUCACAAGGAUUUUAUGAGAUUCGGAAACAUGAUUUUCAGCUAAAAUAUGCUAAAGGCAACUCAUGCCAGUGCAUAGGUGGAAAGCUGAAGUCAAAUGGAAGGUUCCCAAAGGGGCAACAUCUUCUCUGUGCUACUGCUAUUUCUGAAGAACAGACACAACAUAGUGAGAUCGAACCAGAUCCAUCAGGGCAAGGAAAUCACCGUCCUCUUGCUGAAGAUGUUUCUCCUGCAAGCAGCUCAUAUAUACAUUUCGAGGGAACUGAUGGAAAACCCGGUUUACUCUCAUUUUAUAACCGUCCAUAUAAAGGAGAGGACAAAGUCCUUAUUUCCAGCCCACAGAAGAGUCAGAACAACCUAUUCUGGUUUAUUGGUCCAUCUGUCCUUGUGGCCUCUUUCAUUUUCCCCUCACUUUAUUUGCGCAGAAUACUCUCCACUGUAUUUGAGGACUCUUUGUUGACAGAUUUCCUCAUACUGUUCUUUACUGAAGCUCUUUUCUACUGUGGAGUUGCUGUAUUUCUUUUACUAAUUGACCGCUUAAGGAGACCUAUCAUGUCAGAUUCUGCUACAGGCAUGGACAGAACCCGGGCUUCUCAUCUAGGACAGCGAAUCUCUUCUGUAGCUGCCCUAGUGCUUAGUUUAAUCAUUCCUAUGGUGACAAUGGGCUUGGUCUGGCCGUGGACUGGUCCUGCAGCGUCUGCUACUCUUGCUCCAUACCUUGUUGGUAUUGUUGUCCAGUUUGCAUUUGAGCAGUAUGGGAGAUAUAAGAAGUCACCUUCAUGUGCUGUUAUUCCAAUUAUAUUUCAGGUUUAUAGAUUGCACCAACUGAACAGAGCAGCACAACUGGUGACAGCCUUGUCAUUUACAGUUAGAGGAGCUGAGAUGACCUCACACAACUUGGCAAUAAACAGCUCUCUGAGUACUCUUCUCAAUGUCCUCCAAAUCCUUGGGGUCAUUUGCAUUUGGUCUCUCUCAAGCUUCCUCAUGCGGUUCUUCCCUUCUACUGCCAUGACUGUGCAGUGAGACGUGUUUCAGGAAAAAUUAUCAUCUCACAUAACAGGGAACAAUCACUGCAGGUGUUCUUGUUUCAGGUAAUUUAAUAAAUCUGGUGGAGCAUGACCCCUUUUUGGUUAAGUUAUGAUCUGGUGGGAGCUCAAAACCAAAAGGGUAUUUUUUCUUAUGGGUAUUGAAGAAUUUUGCUUGUCUAAAUUAAAAGGUGGUUGCUGAAUAUUGUGUGUGAAAAUUUCAAGUGCAGGAGAGAGGUUGAUUUGGCAAAAAUUGAUGUGCCCUUUUUUUCAAUGUUCACCAAUUACAAAUGUUCCUUGUAUAUAUAUUGGUCAUUUUCCUUACAAAUAUGCAUUUCCGAAGUCAUCUAGAAUAGUUAGAACAUUGGCAACUUGUAAGAGCAUUAAUGUUCUCUCUUUCAUCCAUUUCUCACACUACCAGAAUUAUUUGUUUUGACCUUUCACACACAAUCUAUUUUUUAUAUUAGUUGA